CUUGAUAGCGCCCAAAGAAGCCCCUCACUCGGGUGGCGCCUUCGGUGCCGCUUGUUUGCGAAGAGUUUCGCGAGAUAACACAGGAUAACGCUGGAUAACAUGUAAUCUUGCUUCGAGAGCCAUAUCAGAUAGUUCUAAGGCUCGGAGACGACCCAAGGAUGGAAACACUCUCAACUACGCAGAAUCAUAUCCACUUGAUAAUCCUCUGAAACUCUGGCCUGAGCGGAUUUAUCGCGCCUUGAGGUUGAGGAUUGGGACCAUCUUCUGGGAGCAUGUCGUAGUCGCUCCAGUCAGCUGAUCUUACCAUCAUUGAUUGCCUGGCACCGCCACGCCCAUAGCUUCCCACGUCUUCCUGCCGUAGUGCUAUUUACUCACGUCAGCGCCCUGAUUAUUCAUCCCUUCUGACCGACGCGGAAUAUCUGUAUGCCAGAUUCUGAGUCCCCGACCUCGUAUCGCCAUGCCCCUCAUCGCCUGCGGCCAAAUAUGCUCCACUAACGACGUCGGACACAACCUCGCCAUCUCUGUGCAGCUCGCCCGCGACGCGGCCGCCCAAGGGGCGACCGCGCUCUUCCUCCCCGAAGCCUCCGACUACAUCAGCAACAACGCACACGAGGGAUACCUCCUUGCCGCGCCGCUCGCCUCUCACAAGUAUGCGCUGGGUCUGCAGGCGGUCGCGAAGGAGCUCGGGAUCUACAUCAGCGUGGGGAUCCACGAACGUCCGGGGCCCGAGGACAUGGCCGGGGAGGCACCGGGCAGCGAGCGCGUGUUCAACACCCACGUCUGUAUCUCUCCCGAUGGCACUCUCAAGGCCUUCUACCGCAAGUUGCACCUCUUCGACGUGCACCUCAAGGAGUCGUCGGCCGCGAGCGCGGGGGAGUCCGACCGCAUGAUCCCGGGCGACAGGGUCCCGGAGCCCGUGGACAUGGGCGCGCUGGGGCGCCUGGGGAUGGAGAUCUGCUACGACAUCCGCUUCCCGGAGCUGCACACCAUCCUGCGGCGCAAGGGCGCGGACAUCAUCGCGAUUCCCGCGGCGUUCACGCUGCCUACCGGGCGUGCGCACUGGUACACGCUCGUGCGCUCCAUCGCGAUCGCGUACCAGGUGUAUGUCGUCGCCUCGGCCCAGGCCGGCGCGCACACGCCGGCACGGUCCUCGUGGGGCCAGGCGCUUGUGUUCGACCCCUGGGGCCGCGAGCUGGGCCGCCUGCCCUCUAUCGACGAGACGGCUGAUCCGUCUAAGCCGAUGCCGUCUCAGUUCGUGCUUGCGGAGAUUGAUCUGGCUGUGGUCGAGAGCGUCCGUGAGCAGAUCCCUCUUGCUUUCCAGAAGCGAGAAGACGUUUAUGGCGUUGUCGGCCGCGACGCACUGGCGCUUGCCCCAACAACAACAACGGCGGCGGAACCCUAUCUGCUGACACGGCUGUGGAAAGGAAUUCAGAGCAUGCUUGGGUACGGCGAGCCCGCCAUCCGUUUACUUCCGAGCCACAACGACGAGAAGUCGACGAGGUACUGAUCUAUCACUUAUGUUGUCGUUGAUAUCAGUGACUGGACUACAUGGCCAGUUUUGGCCUGCUGGAUGACAGAAGAAGCCUGAGGAUGAUUCAUCGGCAAAAGGUCCGACGUUCGAUACUCAGUCCAGGCGCUGCGCUACACGGAUUCCGGCGCCGCCCGAUUCAUCCACGAUUUCGUUUCCCGCGUAAAUUCUUGCUGUGAGCAGCGAUCAGUCUUAUCUGAAGUGAAGUGCCAGUAUGCAUAUAUGCGUGAAUGAGACCAGAUUGAUCACUUUUACAUUGCAAUGUCCAAACCAACUAUCAGUGCU